AUGCUCUGGCAGGGCCUGUCGCUUCUGUCGUUUGCGGCUUCGAUUGCCUCGUCUUCGGCGCUCCCCGUCCGCGAUACGCAGAGUCCCCCUCCCUCUUCCUUUUCCUUCGAUGUUGCACGCAGCCAGACGGACAAGAGAGACUUCCAGCGCGACUGGGCCGCUGCAAGGCUGAAAUGGGGCGGCAGCGCUCAGAAGUCCGGUCCAUCAGGGUUUUCCCUCGCAGAGGAUAAUGGCCUCGUUGACGUCCACCCUAUGGGCAACGAUGAUCUGUACCUGGCCGACAUCCAGAUUGGUAACCCACCACAGACUGUCAAGAUGGCGUUGGAUACCGGCUCCGCUGAUGUGUGGGUGCAAUCGACGGAUACCAAAUAUCGCGUCAACAAAAACGGACCGUGGGCACCUCAAUAUCACCCGAAGGACUCCCAUACCUCAUCCCUGCUCAACAAUUCUCGCUGGGAUGUUCGCUACCUGGAUGGUACUGCUGCGUUCGGCCUAGUAUAUCACGACACAAUUCGAUUCGGCAACAUCGAGGUAGUCAACGCUACGGUGCAGUCCGCUCAGACCAUUGCCUCGCGCUUCGAGAAAGACAUUGAAAUGAGCGGCAUCAUGGGGCUGGCCAAGAGGCUACGCAACAACAUUGACCCUCCCGUACCGACCUUUGUGGACAUGCUCACACCGCUGCUCGACUCGCCCGUCUUCACCGUCGACCUCAAGCGCAACGCCACCGGCCGGUUCGAAUUCGGCCGCAUUGACAUGGCCAAAGCUGCCGACAACUUGACCUGGCUAAACAGCACCGGCGCGAGUCCCCAUUGGGACGUCGAGUUUGACCUAACGUCGUGGGUCGUUCCUGACCAGACCUGGUGGCAAUUCCGCUUCAAUGGCACCAUCGACACGGGCACCACGCUCAUGUUCCUCCCCAGUCCCCUCGCCAGCCGCUACUGGUACAGCGUCCCCGGCAUGCGCCAGUCGACCGAGCUCGCCGGUGCCUACACCUUUCCCUGCGCCAAUGCCAAGAAGCUGCCUGACCUCCUCUUCAAGCUGCCGGGUACCGAGCACGUCCUCACCAUCCCGGGCCGCUACCUCAACUACGGCCCCUCGGACGCUAAGGGCGAGUACUGCUGGGGCGGCAUGCAGAGCGCUGAGGGCUUGGAGAUGGUGGUGCUCGGCGACGUCAUGCUCAAGGCGCUUUUUGUCGCGUUUGACCUGGACAAGAGGCGGGUCGGGUUUGCGAACAAGGUGCUUACCGACGAGAUGUAA